AAAUGUGAAGAACUGGCAUGGGACCUUCCCCACUGGCGGACCUCUUCCUGGUUCUGUGUUUGGUAUUGCUGGGCUGGGCCCAGCGUGCCGUGCCGUCUCCUUGCCAGAUUGUCUCCAACACCGUCGCUCCUUGCCGAGGCCAAAACCUGCUCCAAGUCCCUCAGGACCUUCCCAGCACUCUGGAGAAAUUGGACCUGUCCUACAAUAAGAUAGAACAGAUUGAUUCUGCAGACUUCUCCUCUUUGACCCAGCUGAAAGAGCUGGAUCUGGGUUACAACCACAUCUUCUCUAUUGCCAACGACUCCUUUGCGUCCAAUAUCCUUCUGGAGAAGCUGAGUCUCUUCAACAACUCCCUGGGAGAGAUCCCUUCUCUGGCGUUGACGCCGUUGAAGAAACUCACUGCCUUGUCCAUCUCCAACAACCUUUAUCCUCUCUCAAGGCUGGAUGGGGUGUUCAGCUCCCUGAAGAAGCUUGAAGAGUUGUCCCUGGGCGGCCCUGUUAUUUACAAGGUGGGCAGUGAAGACUUUGCUCCUUUGAAGGAUCUUCCGUUGAAGAAGUUCUUCCUGAAAACCGCUUCCAGUUUGACCGAGUAUCAACAAGGGGCCUUCUCGAAGCUCAACACCACCGAAUUUUGGUGCGACAUCGCCCUGGAUAGAAACCCGGAGGCGUUGCCCCUUAUGUUCAGUGACUUGAAGGGGAAGCAGCUCCAGUAUCUCCGUUUCCGUAACCUCUUUGAGUUCACCUACUACACCAAUUCCAUGGACCUGUUUGCCAGCUUGCCUGAGGUCGAAGUGGAAAAGCUGGUCUUCUACAGGGGGAAAUUCAAUGAGAACCUGCUGCGUUUGGUCCUCUUAAACGUCCAGAAGUCUCGGGUGCGAGACCUCUCCUUCAUCGCGAUCGAUUUCGCCCGCUCUCCCAAGUGGAAGCCUCCUGAAGCUGGCAUCGCCAACCUGACCCUUCGCCAUUUGUUGUUGAAGGACAUCAGCAACCCUGACAUUUUGCGCUUUGACUGGACUUUUACUUGGUUUGCCGGAGUUACGUACCUUAGUAUCCUCAAUGUUAACUUUAAUUUUGUGCCCUGCGAUGCCUGGGGGGAAAUGAGGAACGUGGUGGCCCUGGAUGUUUCUAGUAACCGCUUGUUAGAUGGCUACAUCUACAACGAAGGCUGUCUGUAUCAAGGAAUCAUGCCCAGGCUGGAGCAGUUCAAUCUUAGCAACAACGGAUUAACCUACCUGGGCAUAAUUUCCAAGCUGACGUCCAGCUGGCCCCGGCUAUCUAAGCUAGAUCUGAGCCACAAUCAAAUCGGGAUCUGUAAGGAUUUGCCAUGUGUUUGGAGCCCCACUCUCAUCUGGUUGGAUUUGGCUUACAACGUCGUUACAAUGGAGAUCUUCAAGUGCCUUCCCACCACGUUGCAGUUCCUGGAUUUGUCCUACUCUCAGUUGGAACGCCUGGAGAUGGGCUACUUUGAGGUUGCGGUUGACCUCCAAGAGCUACGGCUGAGCGGGAACAAGAUCAAGUUUAUCCCGACGGAAUGGAGAUGUCCAAAUCUCAGGGUUUUGGCGGUGGAUGGUAACUCCUUUGGUGUCAUCAGCAAAGGUUCCUUCAUGAACAUGCCUCAGCUCACACAGCUGAAAGCGGGGAACAAUCCUUACCAUUGUGUCUGUGACCUCUACGGCUUCCUUCAGGAGACCCUGAAGAACGGCAAGUUGGAGAUUGUGGAUUGGCCCAACGGGUGGACCUGUUAUCACCCCGAGCCCCUCCUUGAUAUGGCUGUGAUAGCUUAUGCGCCGAGGCUGACCCAGUGUAACGUCAUGGUGGUGGUGGCCAUUGCUGUCUCCAUCACAGCCGUUGUGGUGACCGUCAUCAUGGUCUUGUGUUGGUGGUUCAAUGUCCCCUGGUACCUCAAGGCCACUGUCCAAGUUGUGCGUUCCAAGUAUCGGGCCCGCCACUCCCCACCGGUGCGAGGCUUCGCCUACCACGCCUUCAUCUCGUACAGCUGCUCCGAUGCAGACUGGGUCAGGCGGGAGCUGCUCCAGAGGCUGGAGGCCUCCACCCCGCCGUACCGGAUCUGCAUUCACGAGCGGGAUUUCACACCCGGGCGCUGGAUCAUUGACAAUAUCAUCGAGAACAUUGAAAACAGCCGCAAAAUCAUUUUUGUUCUCUCGCGCAGCUUUGUCGACAGUGACUGGUGCAAUUACGAGCUCUACUUUGCCCACCAGCGGUCAGUGGGGCUGAGCUUCGAGGACGUGGUCCUGGUGGUCAAGGAAGCCAUUGACCCCCAAGCUCUGCCUAACAAAUUUUGUAGACUGAGGAAGAUGCUCAGCAAACGGACUUACUUAGAGUGGCCUCCGGAGCCCAGUCGCCAGGCCUUCUUCUGGGUGCAGUUGAUGUCCGUCCUGGGGAAGGCCGAGGCAAUCCAGAAGGACCCCAAAGAGGAUCCGGGUAACGUCACUUGGGGAACAGACAGCACGGCUGACGAUAAGCUCGAAAUGGAUCAUGUGGCUAACGCAGACACUGCGCCAGCGUGUUAAAUAGGACUUAGUUUAAGCCUAGAGGAACAUUAGAAUUUAACAGCGGAGUUCACAUCU